AUGGCAUUUCCCAUUCCCGACCACCUUCCACGACGACCAAACCCAAAGGAUGUGUCGUCUGAGAUACUUCUGAAGAUCGACAAGGCGACAAACCAAACACUCUCUGCCGAACUUGCGGCUUCGUGGCUCACGGAAUUGGAUGGGACAAUUCAAAACACUAAACAACAAAUCCACCACCGGAUACAUCGCGACUUGCCUUUAUUUGAGCAGCAAUUCGAGACCUCUAAGUCCGUUCAGACGCGUUUACAAGCAUUAUCCACCAAUGUGGAGAAUCUGGACCGCACCUUGUCUGACCCUGAGGCUGGCAUAAUACCUGCAUUAGUGAGGUCACUCACGGCGCAUGCAGUUCUUGCACAACAAGCAACCAACGCAGCCGUUCAGCACGAAGCAGUCCUCUACCUCCUUCGAUGCCGGAAAUCUUUCACCGGUGUUCUAUCACUGGUUCAGCUGGGAAAGCUGCCAGAGGCUGUUGUUGCUUGUGACGAGUUUGAACAAGAGCAUUUACAGUUUGUGCCUCCUCAUCUCAGUCAAACAAGUGUGUUCGCCGACUUGAAGCGCAAAUUUCAAGCAGCCAAGUCCAAGACGGAAGAGCAGUUGAGCGAGGCGUAUUCCCGGAGCAUCGUAAUCUUGGCGCAAACUCUCACUGUCCUUCGUUCUGUUGUUGUUCGACAGUCGGACAAUGUUCUCUCCCUUUCCGAUGUUCUGUCUUCACUUACCCCGACCGCCCGUGCGAACCACCUGACGAUUUUACGACGUGACAUGGUAGCCUAUUAUGUUGACCAACUUCUACUGCAACCGGCGACUCUAUCAUCUUCAUCGGAACACGAUGAACAACGACUGACAGUCAUUCCUUCACCUCCCAAUACAAAUAACCCAAUCGAGCGACUCGAAAACGUUUCUUUGGCACUCAAAUUCUUGUCCAAACACUUCACGGCCUAUUUGCCCCUGUCAGAUAAAGCCUCGGUGUCACGAGCACUUUGCAAGCCUAUUGGAUCGAGCAUACUCUCAAACUUACUCAUUCCAUCUCUCCCUGUCGCAUUUCACGGCCUCCCUGCAUUUCUUCAACUUGCGGAGCGUGCAGUGGCUUUCGAAGGAGAGUGCAUUGUUCAAUUGCUCGGUGGUGAUGAGCACGACCGACCAAUCAAAAUAUGGAUAGACAACCUAAGCGGGCAUUAUGAGCGUCGAAGGAGAAUGCUUAUCCUAGACAACGCACGACUUGUUGUGUUGGCCCCAGAGGUAGUGGGAGAUCAUGGCAAGUUUGUCGUUGAGGUCGAUCCGUUCUUGCAGGAGAAGAAGGCAGCACUGCCGGAUAUCAUUCCUGUGCAAAAGGAGAUGAUCGGAUUUGAACAGAAGGAGGAUGUUGACGAGUGGGGCUUUGAUGAGGGUACAGGGAACGGCGAUGGUGAUGAUGGUUGGGGCUUUGACGACGAUUCUGCGCCAGAGCCAAUACCGCAAUCGGAACCUCGGGAAAUGGUUGUUUCUGGAGAUGAUGAUAAUUGGGGCUUCGAUGACGAGCCUGUGGGUCCGCCAGAUCCCAAUGGCGACAAAGAUGAUGGAGAAGAUGCAUGGGGUUGGAACGACGAAGAAUCAUCGGGCGACACUGCCUGGGAGGACGACCCUUGGAAUGAAACAACGGAGAAGUCAAUCGACGACCCACCAUCUCCGCCCAAAUCAGCAGCAACAACAUUGGCGUCUCCUGUCCCUGCUAGAAAGGCCACUCGUCUAGAGAAACUCGCCAAUAAAGGCAAGAAGCAUCUUAAUGGUAGCUCUCCUCUCGCGUCGCCUACUCCCCCCAUCACUGUCAACCCAAAUCCAGUACCCGAAAGCCUGAAGCCUCCUGUGAAACGGCCUCCGGAACUGACUUCGCCGCUUGUGGCAGUUGCCCCAAAGGAAUCCUACCUGGUCACUCAUCGAACAAAGCAAAUCGUUGCUAUAGUCAAGGAAGUUCUGGCGGAGGGGCAACAUUUCACUGUCUCUCGCAUGAUUCCCAUUCGACAUGGCAGCGGUUCGGAACCAGGGGCACUGAUACUACAGUCUGCCGCCUCUGUGGUUGACCUUUAUCGGGCUCUCUACCCAGUUCAGUUUUCCGGCCGGCUGAAGACGGUGGUGGAUGCACCGAUGCAGCUGUCCAAUGACUGCAUGUAUCUUAGUGAGGAAAUUCGAAGAUUAGAGAGGACCCUGGUUGGUCCCCCAAAUGUCAAAGAAAAGCUCGUAGAUUGUGGAGAUCGAUUGAAGGUGUGGGGGGACAGUUGGUUCCAGGACACAAUUGACCAACAUCGAGCUUCGAUUGACGAAACGAUCGCUAAGGGUGCCGAAGGAUUUACCUUCCUCGCUGACCAAGACCGAUAUGAUGACUGUGAAGCAGCAAUUGGGCGAGCGGUGCAAGAAAUCAAGCGGUUAUCCCAGCGAUGGAAAGGCAUCCUGACCAAAACCAAGUAUUACACUGCGGUUGGACUGGUCACCGAUGCGGCCCUCUCGCGGUUAUUGGAAGACGUUUUAGCGUUACCCGAUAUCACAGAAGUCGAGUCACAUCGACUGCAUGAGAUUUUCCGGAUGCUGAGUGGAUUAGAAGCAUUAUUCAUCGAGGAUGCUAACCAGCAGCCCUUUGCCGCCGAUUACGUUCCAUCUUGGUUCAAGUUCUCGUAUCUUACGGAACUUAUGGAUGCAUCUAUGGUCGAUAUCGUGGACUUGUUCGAAAGUGGUGCAUUAAGGGACUUUGAAGUGGAUGAGUUGGCUCGUGAGGAGAAACGGUAUAAAAUGUGGGAGCCGGACCGAUACGUGAGCAAACCAAUGUCUCGCACUUAUAACAACGUUAUCGUCUUUGGCCCCACUGGUACAGUCGGCGGUCUGGUUGCUCUCGAGGCUCAUCAGCGUGGGGCCAAAGUGUGGCUCGCAAUGCGGGAUACCUCCAAGCCCAUUGACGGAAUCACUUCAACUGUCGAGCAGGCGGGCAACUUUGUCCGCGUCCAGGCUGACCUCAGCGACCCGGCCUCGGUGUCAAGCGCAAUCACCCAGUCUGGGGCCACAGCGGCGUACCUCUACCUUGUCCACACCCCCGAUUUUGCUCGGGCAACUCUCCGGGCCAUGCGUGAUGCGGGCGUGGAAUAUAUCGUCUUCCUCUCCAGCUAUACCAUCAGACUGGAGGGCGUCCCUCUGCGAGAAAUCAAGCCUGACAGAGGGAUUGCGUACGCUAAUGCACAGGCAGAGAUCAACAUCGAAGAGGCGGGGUUUCCGUAUUUCACAACACUGCGACCCGCGCGGUUUGCAAGUAACUACCGCAAGUUUUGGUUUGACGGGGCGAAAGCGCUGCACGUGUUCCCUGACUCUGUCAUGGACAAUAUAGCACCGGAAGAUAUUGGCGCGGUGGGGGGAGCAGUCCUCGUCAAUCGUCCCUCAGAGGAAAAAGAGACCAUUUAUUUAUAUGGCCCCGAGCUGCGCACUGCGAAGGAGAGCUGGGAGGUCAUCAAGAACAUAACUGGCCGGGAGAUCGACAUCGCACCCUUGACCGCACAACACUACACGCAAGUUUUGUUGACCAAGGGUUUACCAAAUGCAGCCAUCCAAUAUUUGUUGGCCUUGGAUCGGGUGAACGUGGGUUUCCCGCAGCAGGAGUAUCAGGACGCCGUGGGAAAUGUCGAAAAGUAUGCGGGACGACAGCCAACCAAGUUCUCAGACUAUAUCCAGGCGCACAAGGCAGAGUGGCUGGCGUGA